UUAUAUAUUUGAUUAUUAAUUGUGAAGGUAAUUAGUUUCGUUUCAUAUAUAAAUUGGGAUACCAAAAUAUUUUGAAAUUGGGAUAUCAAAUUUAUUUUGAGAUUUGAUUUUAGGGUGUAAUGAAGUAUUUGGUUUCGAAUACCAAUAUCAUACCGAUUUUCACCUCUAUUUUUGAGAGCCGUAUUUUAAAUAAUAAUUCUUAAAAUGCAAAAAAAAAAGUUUUAACAAAUAAAAAAAUUAAGAACCAUAAAAAAUAAUAUUUAUAUAAUUUGUAAUAAUUUAUUUAGGGUAAGCGGAAAAUAGAUGAUCGAGGUGGACAGGUGGUAUAUCGAUUAUUAAGGGGAAAAAAAACAAUUAACGAAGAUACCUAAUAUCCCAAAACGACGUCUCAGAGCAUUCGCAACCAUUUGAACCUCCAGGUCAAGAAGAACAGAAAGCAGCCCAAACGGCUACUAAUAUAAAAAAGGGGGAAAAACGGCUCUUUUCUUCCUCCGUUUUCAAUUUCACUCACUCUGUUUUCUCGCCCUUUCUUCUUUCCCUCGCAAACGGCAAUAAACUUUCUCAGUAAACAAACAACAGAAUCUCCCCCCUUCUUUCUCACUAACAAACUCCUCUCCUUCUCUGUUUCCGGUAAACUUCCUCGGCCGUUUCUGAGCAGAAACCAGAAGACGGGGCAGAAAACAGUGCGAAUAUCUGUCUCCACGCGAUCAAAACUGAAUCUUUCCGUUUCUUUCGUCUUUGAUUAAAAGGGUCGCCACAGAACUUCCCCGGCAAUGCGGCAGAAAGAGAACGAUCGGGUUUGGAGUUGCGAUCGGAAAGUUCAAGCUCGGGGUUUCCUCACCCCGCCGCCGACUUGGACGCCGCCGCAUACUCGUGCCCAGCGUCGUCUUUUUCCGCCGCCGCCGUUCUCGGAGAGGAAGAUGGAAUCCUCCGCCAACUCCAGCACGUCGCCCGCCGGGAGUUGCAAGCACGACCUCUUCCAUGUCAUUCACAAGGUCCCCGCCGGUGAUUCUCCCUACGUCAAGGCCAAACACGUUCAGUUGAUUGAGAAGGACCCAAGCAGGGCAGUCCCCAUGUUCUGGGCUGCCAUAAACGCUGGGGACAGAAUUGAUAGUGCCUUGAAAGACAUGGCUGUAGUGCUGAAGCAAUUGAACCGGUCUGAAGAGGCAAUUGAGGCCAUCAAAUCCUUCCGCCAUCGCUGCCCUCAAGAAUCGCAGGAAUCCAUUGACAACGUGCUGGUUGAGCUCUAUAAGAGGUCAGGAAGGGUGGAGGAAGAAAUUGAAAUGCUUCAGCGCAAGCUGAAGAACAUAGAAGAAGGAAUGGUGUUCGGUGGGAGAAGGACCAAGGUCGCUAGGUCUCAAGGCAAGAAGAUUCAAAUAACUGUUGAACAAGAGAAGGCUCGAAUUCUAGGGAACUUAGCCUGGGCUUACUUACAGCAGCACAAUUAUGGCUUAGCGGAACAACAUUACAGGAGGGCUCUGUCUCUGGAGCCAGAUAGGAACAAGCAAUGCAACUUGGCAGUGUGUUUGAUGCACAUGAACAAGCUCCCUGAAGCAAGAGCUCUGCUUCAAGCUGUAAGAGCUUCAUGUGUGAACCAACCGAUGGAGGAAUCAUACGCCAAAUCAUUCGAGCGUGCUUAUCAAAUGCUGACGGAAUUCGAGUCCCACCAAUCAAGUGACGAACCUCCUUCUGCUUCAUCUUCUCUGCAAACUCAACCAAUUGGUGAUCACCAUGGCUGGACGGAAAUCCCCUAUUUUGCUGCUGCAACUCCUCCGCCUCAAAGCUUCGGCAUCCUCAUGAAUAGCGGAAGGCAUCGGCCGGGUUCCAGCCAGAAGAAGAAUUGUUAUGCUUCAACCACACCUGUGCUGUUCUCUCGGCCUAGAAGGUGUUUAUUCGGAGGAAAGUGGGGAGCAGAGGAAUUCCAGCCAAUGCGCAGUUGUAGUAGUACCAACCGCGGAGAGCAUCAAGAGUUGAGUGCAGGAGGGAUUGAAGCUACACAGUUAAAAAUGGAGGCUAGUAUGGUCACCCCUCAGCUGAAAUCUCAGCCAAGAUGGGGGACUGCUUCUUCUUCACCUUCACCUUCACCUGCUGAAGGAGACUGGAGGAAGCCAUGGAGACAAGCUGCUGCAACUGCUGCGGGUACUACUCCUGGCAACAAUGACAGCAAUAAUAUAGUGGUUAAGUUUCCAGUGGGAGAUGUGAUCGUGAUUGAUAGGAAGACUAAUCACAAUGUUCUAUCAGAAACAGAAGCUUCUUCUGUCGAUGUGAAACCAGAGAGCAAGCACAAGAGUUGGGCUGAUAUGGUUGAAGAAGAUGAAGCCGAAGCAGCGCUGGGAAAGCUACCAGUAGCUUGGAAUGGUGAUGAGGAAACGGGAUCUUUGGAUGAGAACUGGGAUGCAAACGUGGCUAAUGACGAAAAGUGCUGUUAUCCAAAGAAUGAGCAGCAAUGUGUCCAAGCUGGUGGAGGUGGUAUAUCGAGGACGACAGCUGCAUCGAGACGUCUGUGCUUCGAUGGAGCUGGGAAGAAUAUGAUCAACACGGCGACUAAGAGAAGAAACCGCCUUCAGGUUUUCAAGGACAUAACCCCAUCUCCAGAUAGUCCACGGGCAUCUUCAGUGGCCAUGUGAAUGAACAAGAAAGAAACGGCUCUCUAAAUUCGUUGAUUCUUUUGUAAAUGAUGAUUUGUGAGGCCCCCAUUUGUAUAUCAUUCUUUCGAUGUAAUACAUACAAGUGAUGAAUAAAUAAAAUCUCCUCCCUGGAGACGAGCUGUUUCAAAGAUCACAAUUUCCACACCAAGCAGUGUUUUUGUACUAACCAAUCCAUACAAGAAUUGCAUAGCAUCGAUCAAAAGGGGGACAAGACUCACUGAGAAGCGGAAGCAUGAGGGAAGGAGAAAAGAUCCAUAAAAUCAAUCAACAGCUUAAUGGAAU